UCUCGGUAGAUUAUCUGCAGGGGUGGAAACGAUGCGCUUUACUUCCAAAUGAGCGAAGUUGCCUUCAGGAUUUUUGGAUUCACAUACGGGACGUGAUCCUGCGUCGCGCCCGGAGAGCGCGUCUGGAUGUGAAGACAGAGGAGGUGAUGGUUUGAACAGGCAGCGGUGUGGGCGUGAAGUUCGUAAAAGCCGUCCAUUAUCAGAGGCUUGCAACCCUGACAUGUGUGCACCCAGUGAGACAGUGACCUGAGGUCCCGCUGUGAGGGAAAACCAGGAUGCGUCCCAAUGCGUCACAGCUUUUAGGCAAGACCAAUGUUGGAGGCAGCCUUUGCAGCCCUGCCUCUGCAGCCUUGCUUUUCCUCCUGUGUCUUGGCUUCCCUCCCUGUGUGGCCACUUGCCCACCCUACUGCCUUUGUACCAGUGAUAUAAUUUCCUGCAGCGGCCGCAAUCUGUCCGUGCUGCCCCUUGAUCUCCCAAGCUAUGCCGGACGGUUGGACCUGGGCCACAAUGCCCUCACUUCCCUGCCAACAGAUUGGAUUCCCCAACCGUUUGACCGACUAGCUACACUGGUUCUUAGCCGAAACUCCAUAAGUCAAAUUGAGGCAAAUGCUUUCACUGUCACACCUCAUCUCCUCCACCUGGACCUCUCAUCCAACCGACUAACAGUGCUGAAUCUGUCCCUAUUCACUGGGUUGAAGGAACUGAAAGAGUUGCUGCUGUUUGACAACCAGAUCUUCCAGAUCAACCCAGGGGCCUUCAGUGAUCUUCACAGCCUGCAGAGGCUCUACCUCUCUGGUAACCGACUGACGGCUUUUCCCCUGGGGCUUUACUGGGAACCUGGAGGGCCUCGUAACCUGACUUUUCUCGAUCUGUCCUACAACAGGCUCUCUAAGGUGCCUGUCCAGAGUCUGCUGUCUCUCACCCACCAAAAUGGAAUUUAUUUACAGGAAAAUCCUUUGGUCUGUGACUGUGCUUUACUUGCCUUGCUUGAGUACUGGAUGUGGAAACAGUAUCGCCCCCUGGUGGACUUCAGAGGUGAAUACCCAUGUAGGGACGAUUCAGAGCCAGGGCCUGUUUAUAGCCAGCAGGGAGUGUCAGGUGUGCCCCUUGAAUCACAGACUUACCAGGAAGAGCCUGGCAAAUGGCUGAGAGUGCCAUGCCCAGGGCUGGCUUCUUCAGCCCAGGAGGGGCUGGUGGUGUUCUGGGUUACCCCAAGGACUGUAGUCAAUUCAUCAACCAAUGAUCCCAGUGCCCACUUAAUAGUUCUCCCUAAUGGCACCCUUGAAAUCCGAGGAGCGCUCUUGGAUGAUUCUGGUACAUAUGCAUGUGUUGCAGCCCGCCAGCGAAACUAUUACCCCUACGAGUCUGUGGAGGUCAACGUGGUGGUCGGAAACCUGAGCACUGCCUCUGCCAGUGGCUUGGCACAUCGCAGCGGCGCAGAGCAUUUCAACACUGCGUUCACCACCCUCGCUUCCUGUGUGGUCAGCAUCAUAUUGGUGCUGCUUUACCUCUAUCUCACCCCCUGUCGGUGCAGAGAAAGCCGGGGUGGAACGAGAGGCUGCGGCGGACGAGCCAUCAUACUCUGUUCAGACCCCAGAGAGGUGGAGUCAGGACAACGGCGGUCAAACGGGAAGAGGGUUGCUUUCUUAGAGCCUCAGGCAGAGGACUCUGAAAUUGGCAGCCCGAAAACACCAGCAAUGAACUUGGGUCAUGUUACCACUGAGGGAAUUCUCAAGAAUGGAAGUAGGACAGUGGGACAGACCCUCACAGACCCUGCUCACAUGGCAUAGCGAGAAAAUUAGCUUCUACUCACUCCUGUAUUCUGAACCCAAGUGUAUGUUUUUUUUCACUGUCUUGUCUUUGUUUCAGUACACAAUGAAAAAAUCCAUUUGAUGUGAAGUAGUGUACUGUGAUUCUUGUGAUGUACUUACACACUGUAGGGUUUGGGUUGUUGUUCUGAAAAUUCAGUCCUCUUGUAGGCAGAAUUUCAAUUAUGUCUCUAUUGAAAGUGGUAGAGUUCACAUGGAAAUUUCACAGGUACCGUGGGGAAAUUGUUACUGCAAAGAUCACAAAGAUCAUAUAAAUGUGGGUGGCUUUUUAAAUUGGGCCGAGAGGAAUAUUCACACCUGAUUUGAUAAGCUGCCAGAGGCAUUUAUGGUUAUUAUACAGUACGUGCAUUGUGAAUACUGCCAUCACAGUGACCCUAGUUAUUUUUAACCAUCUGUCUCCAACUGCGGAGCUUAUCAGUUUCAAAACACGGCAGCGGUACGUGUGAAAUUAUCUGAAAUUAACUUUGAUGUUUUCCGUAUCGGACUGCGUCUGCUACACACUUAUCUUCAAAUGAUGGAGAUCAAAUAUAACCCUGUGAAAUUUCCUGUAGCAAAUAGCAAAGAAACAACACAAAGUGGGACGUACAGUGAGCUGUGUUGUGCUGCUGUUAGGUGGAAACCUACACAAUCAUCACUUUGUAGUAAGAAAUACAGGCUCGUGUUGGACAAAAAUGCAUUUGAUGAAGUCAAAAAACUGAUUUUCUCACUUCCCUAUAGUGGUAUCAGCUCAUUCAAAUAGUUUCAGUUUAUUUUCUCAGGUUUUAAUCUGCCUCUGACAUUUCUGUCUCCACCCCAGAACAAUUAAGGUGAAAGGAAUUUAGUUUAAGAAUAAAAUUGUAUCCAGAAAAUAAAAGGUAUGAAGUAUUCUUUUGGCAAAAGCUAUUUACUAUAUAACUGUCAGAAUUUGAUCACCGUAUCAAAGAAGUGAUACUUCUGAAUAUCUGUAACGUAAAAAGUUCACUCAGAGCCCAGGUCCAGACAAGUCCACAUAGAGCUGGUUUAGACUGAGUCUUCAGCAGGCAGGACAUUUGUCAACCUGAUCCCCGUUCCCCGUGUUAAAACUGGACUUCCCUGCUCACCCUCCACCUUGUUACCGACCCACUGCUUUACAAGCAGCAGAUUCAUGGAGGAAUUGAUCGUCAUCGGUUCAGACAUGAGAGGAGUUUGGGCUUGGCGAUGAAGCUCCUGUCAGCCCUGAUCAGUGUCACAGAAAUCAGAGGGAGGUUUGCCAGCUCGCCCCAAGCCCACCGUGACCUACAUUCCUAUGUCCUUUCUUUGUCUGGUUUUCAUAGGUGUGUGGAAUAAUUUCCAAGGUGCCAAGGGGCUUGUUAUAGUUUCCUUGGCUGUACAUGUCCAUGCUACCGUUGUCUGAAUAUCAGCUUUUUAUAUUUUUCUUGUUCUGUUAGACACAGGGUAAAACACAAGUAGAAGCAGUGAAAAACACUUUGUCA